GUCAGUAAAUAUCGCACACUGACUCUCUCUCUCUCUCCUCAGGGUUUUCUGUGGAGCGACGGAAACGUGCAGCAGAUCCAUAUAAAAACAAGAAGAGAUAAGAAAAGUGAGCUUUAGUGGACAGGUGCAUUUCUGCUUCGAUCACUGCUGGCGCGCUUUGGGCUUGGGAAUACUCAGUACCAAAAUAAAAAAAAUAAAAAUAAAAAGCACCUGAGUGAUUGAGGACGCGUCCGUACGGAGGCUUUGAACAUGACGGAGCUCUCCAGUCCUGAAUUUGAGAUCGAUGUGGAGAGCCUGGAGACGGAGGCGGCCGGAGAAGAGGAUUCGGCCUGCAGAGAGGAAGAGGAGGAGGAGGACAAGGCGAGCCAUGCAAACAACCCUGGAGCAGGGGACCAGAAAAAGCUGAGCCGCACUCCGAAAUGUGCCCGCUGCAGGAACCAUGGAGUGGUGUCGUGCCUCAAAGGUCACAAGCGCUUCUGCAGAUGGAGAGACUGCCAGUGCGCAAACUGCCUGUUAGUGGUGGAGCGCCAGCGGGUCAUGGCCGCUCAGGUGGCCCUCAGGAGACAGCAGGCCACAGAGGAUAAAAAAGGAAUAACAGGGAAGCCAAUACCAGCUGAGAGACGAACCAUCUAUCAAAGGCACAUGCGCCCUUCGACCAUGCUGGCUAAAAGUAUCUUAGAAGGCUACCGUCCUGUCCAGUCUGACCCUUUCCUGGGUAUGAAUCCAGCUCUGCCACCACCACUUAGUGACCGCAUGAGAAAAAGACGUGCUUUUGCUGACAAGGAGCUGGAGAGCAUCAUGCUGGAGCGGGAAUACAAGGAGAGGGAACUCCUUGAGUCCAACCAGUCUGCUUCCAGCUCUUUAUUCCUACCAGGCAGCGUGGUACAUGCUGCCGAGUACAACUCUUACAAGACAGCCUUUUCCUCAUCUCCUGCUCCUACUGUAGCAGCUGAAGCAACACCCAAGGAGCUGUGCAGCUUUCUCCCUAACUGCCUGGACCUGCCACUGGGUUACAGAGCAGCUGGUGGGGCAGCCAACGUCGAGCUGAUUUCCUCCAAUGUGAGCGUGGCUACCACGUACCGCCAGUACCCGCUAUCAUCCCGCUUUGUCAUGUGGCCAAGGGGCAGCAACAACCUGGGUGACGCUCUCCUCUACCAGCAGUGUCUCCUCAACGCCACCGCAGUGCAGAACCUCAAACCUGGUGCUGUCUGGGACUCCAAAAUGAUGCCAUCAACUGAGAGCAACUCUCCUGACCAGGAAUCUGCCGCUUCUGUGGCUUCACGGGUCGAGGGAUCCCGUGUGGCCCCGGAACCGAGCGAACUACCAGCUGGAGAUGCCCAGACAGGACAGAAUAUUAGGGAGCGUUCAGCAUUUUCACCCCCCAAGAAGGCUUUUGGAUCAGUCUUUGCCAGUGGACCACUCCCUCCAGGAGCUCACGAGCAUUUGUUAAGCAAGAUUAGCAAAGAUAACAGCAAGCACACACUGUCGAUGAAGCUCAACUCCUUUCACUCUCUGAUCCAGCAGACUCUGAACGAGAAGGGCACUGAUCUGAGGAGCCCCUACUGUAAAGAUCUGUUGGAAGGGGCUGCUAAGAGGUACAGGGACGGUGCAGCUAAAGACUCAGCUGGCUUUAAAAGUUCGGAGAGAAUGGUAAAGGACAUGAUGGUCAAGCCGACAGGGACAAAGGUUCCUUCGAGCGAGCCUUUGUCAUUUUCUGUGGAAGCCAUUUUAAAGCGACCUUCGAUGCCCAUAAAUCGAUCAUCCCAGUAAGAUCACCUAUUAAAAAAAAUCAAUCACAAAUGUACUUAUGGACUAAGGUUUCUGUCUACUGUGUAUUUAUUCUUAUUCAUAAUUUUGCUGAUUGUGUUUGUAUGUGAGAGUAAACACUUGGGUGAAUAUAGCACUCAUUUAUUCCUGAAAAAAAGUCUCUUUAACCCAUCUAAUACUUGUGUAAAUAGCGAUGUAAAUAUUAUAAUAUGUGACACAAGCAUGUUGUAAAUGCCGUGUGUAGAGUAUUUAAAUGCAUUGGUAAUU